GUAGUAGUAAAUUUUACCGGUUACCGGAUGUAGUCGGCUUCCAUAUUCUAGUAAAGGAGCGUUGUUUGUUUAACUUGACAUUUUAACGAAAUGGAAAAUGAAGAAGAGAUUUUAUUAGCUUUGGAUGAAUUCAAUCAGUAUCCAAACGCUCAAAUUUCGCCUCUCCUAGAAGAAUAUUUGAAAUAUAUCGCCAGGAGUGGUUGUACUAUAUUUUCUUGGAAAAAAUUGAAGUGUCUGUUUGUCAGAAAGCUAACUGACGUCAUUGUGGACUUUCAUAAUGAAUCGCCCACGGAUCAUAUGCGUUCGUACCCAAACGUAGAAAAUGUGAAUUUUGAAGAAAUGAAAAGUCGAAUAUUAGACGCUAUAGAACAAUUUAACGGGAUUCCUUUUACCAUACAACGUUUAUGUGAACUAAUAACGUGUCCAAAGAAGCACUAUAAAGCAAGCGAUAAAUUUUUACGCGGUCUGGAGAAGAAUUUGAUGGUAGUGACAACAAUAGAUCCUUUGGGAAAUAAAAUCUACAAUGAAAUGAAAAUUGAAGAGAAUCCCGUGUUUAAUGGUGUACGACCUCAGUCCCCUGUGUUCUCUUCUCCUGCUCCUACAUCUUUUCUUUCUUGGCAUCCAAACUCCCCAGCAAGUCCUUAUACUAGUGCCGCCUACCCUAAAUCAACUACAUCUUCUACAACUACCACUGAAGAAUCUGAUCAGUCUUCAAAUAGGUCAUCGAAAAAUUUCACUCGAAAUCCUAUGGAUAUCGAUCGUUUGUCUAAUGUCGAAAAUAUUAGCGAUCCUGCUACGGCACAUCUUAGCGAUGAAGAAGUAAAUAAAGAAAAUGCGGCAUCUAAGGAGAACAAAAAUAAUGAAAACUUCGAAACAGCAUCAGUUGAAUUUAAUACUCAAAGUGAUACAGACCAUACAGAAAAAGAAAGUGAUACUCUUGCCAAAGAAAGUACAGGUGAUGAACAGAACAAUGAUAGUGCGAAGAAUACUUCAGUUGAUUCUCAGUCAAACCCAGCUACGAAAAAUACAGCUGAAGUGGAAAAUUCAACUGAGAAAAUGGAUAGUGUUGAAUCAGAAAAUAACUCAGAAAAUUUAUCGGAUUUACAGAACAAAUCUGAUAAUGAUACUAAAUGUGAAUCCGACGACGCCCCUUCAGGUUCAUCAAGUUCAGAAGGGGACAGUUCAAGUGGAUUUGAUCCGUCUCUGGAAGAUGCUAGCCAAAUUUCUGAAGAAAAUGCAAGUAAAGAGUCUGAAGAGAAUGGUCAAAUAACCGAACAGAACAAAGAAGCUUAG